UUUCCGUAAAUUAUUGGAAAAAGUAGAAAAGCAAUUUUAUCUCGUUAUGCAGGCAAAUUGCUAUUAUUAAUCCUACUUGCUACUAUUUUAGAACAACCUUUAGUUUGGUUUUAAUCCAUGAUUGUUGUAAAAUUAAAUCUUAUUUUAUAUCAUAUAUAUAAAUUGUGGGUGAAACGUGUAAAGAUGGAGUUCUCAAUAUAAUAGUGUACGACGAAUUGAAUGUCUUCCUCACAUACAUACAUUACAAAACAUACAUUCCUUUCUUAAUAUGGUCAAAGCCUCCAUGCCUAAUGAUCAACCAUAUAUAAGAACCCUUUACAUACACAAAUAAGCAGAUUACAUAUAUAUUUACAGCAAGCCGGCCUCGUGGGACGGAAAUAAAGGAGCCGGCGAUGCAGGCCAUGCGGCUGCGCACCCUCAUGCUCUGUGAGGAACUCUCACUUCCUUCGUUUCAAGUUAUAGUGGUAAACGCAGAUGUGGGAUGUGACCAUUGUCAAGACAGAGUCUCUAAGAUUGUCUCCAAGAUGAACGGAAUAGAAGAAUAUGUGGUUGAUGUCAAGAACAAGCAGGUCAUGGCACGAGGUGACUUUAAACCACGUUUGGUUUCUCAUCAACAAGUGAAGAACGUCGCCUCUCAAACUCUCUCCCAGAACGCCAAACGCUUUUUCCGACCACUUAACCUCUUCCUUCGCUCAAUAUUCUCCAUUUGUUUAUGUCCAAAUACACUUUAAAUUCUAUCACUUACUGCCAAACUCAUUACACUAAUCAAUAGUGGUACAAAUCAAUUAAUAUCAUUGCAGGGUGAUGGUAUGUAACACACAUAGUUCACAUGGUCAAUGUUUAAUUUAUAUUUUUUGGGUUAACCUUUCCACCAAAAGUGACAUCAUUCAUUGCUAUAAUGUCAUUAAAUCUUAAACAUUUUGAUUUACAAUAAAUAUAUUUCUAAUUUAUCAAUAAAA